AUGGCCAGCGCGGCGGGGACCGCAGUCCUCGCAGCCUACCUCAACGCGAAAUAUCACAUAGCCCAUGAUGUCAAGAACAUGAGCAGUGGAUUAUCGCAGUACCGCAAAUGUAUGCGCUUCAUGGCUGAUCGCGCCGCGCAGAAGCGCGUCCUUGUAUACCACGUUUUCGAGGACCAAGUCGGCAAGCAACCCGACCACCCCUUUCUCAUCUUCGAAGGCAGGACCUGGUCAUACAAGGAGUUUUUCGAGGCAUUCAUGAGAGUCGCAACCUGGUUGAUUGACGAGUUGGACGUGCAGGUGGGCGAAGUAGUCGCCAUCGAUGGCGGCAACAGUCCCGAGUACUUGAUGCUUUGGUUUGCGCUAGACGCGAUCGGUGCGACUACGAGCUUUAUAAACUGGCAACUAACAGGAGCGGGAUUGGUUCAUUGCACAAAGUUGUGCAAGUCGAGAUAUCUCAUCGUGGACACUGAUAUCAAAGCCAACGUCGAGCCGAGCCGUGCCGAACUUGAGGAAGCAGAUAUCAAGAUUCUCUACUACGAUCCAUCCUUCUUCGCGUCUUUAUCGAAGAGUGCGCCCAUUGCAAGCAGUCGCCAUGAGAACAUCACACUAGAGUCCACACGAGGGCUCAUGUACACGUCCGGGACGACAGGUCUACCUAAAGGCGUCUCUAUCAGCACUGGUCGCGAACUUUUGACUGGCUACGUACUUGCAAAUCAGCUCGGGCUCAAACCCGCGGAUAGAAUGUAUACAUGCAUGCCGCUCUACCAUGCGUCUGCACACGGCCUCUGUACAACACCAAGUAUCUAUGCUGGAAGCACUGUCGUACUGGGCAGGAAGUUCUCACACAAGACUUUCUGGCCUGAAGUCGUGAACUCGGGAGCAGUAAUCAUCCAGUAUGUCGGCGAGCUAGGCCGAUAUCUAUUGAAUUCUCCCAAGCAUCCAUUAGAGAGGGCGCACAAGGUGAGGAUGGCGUGGGGCAACGGCAUGCGUGCCGACGUAUGGGAACCCUUUCGCGAGCGCUUCAACAUACCAGUUAUUCAAGAAGGCUACGGCGCCACAGACGGGAUUGGACCGACGAUUAACCGCAACGCCGGACCCUUUACUGCUGGUUGCGUUGGCCUACGCGGUGUGCUCUGGACCUGGGCGUUUAGGAAUCGCGAAGUCCUGGUGAAGAUGGACGUCGACACCGAGGAAAUCAUGAGAGAUAAGAAUGGCUUUGCAAUACGAUGUGGUGUCAAUGAGCCUGGCCAGGUGUUGCAUCGCCUUACACCUGAAGUACUGGCUAAUGUACCGAGCUACUACGGCAACGAAGCGGCGACUCACAGCAGGCGAAUCAGCGAUGUCUUUGAAAAGGGCGACUUGUGGUUCAAAUCAGGCGACAUGUUGCGGCAAGACGCCGACGGCCGCAUCGUCUUUGUCGAUCGACUCGGCGAUACGUUCCGCUGGAAAGCUGAGAAUAUUUCCACGACUGAAGUCGCCGACGCAAUAGGAAAGUGGAGCCAGAUUACCGAGGCAAACGUCUACGGAGUCUUGGUGCCAGGCCAUGACGGCCGAGCUGGUGCAGCCUCGAUUGUCAUGGCUGACGGGGUGACGGAAUCGACGUUUGACUUUGGUGGCCUGGCGGAACACGCAAAGGCAACGUUGCCCAAGUAUGCGGUGCCCAUCUUUCUGAGGGUCACGCGGGCGCUGGAAUAUACUGGCACGAUGAAGAUGCAGAAGGGAAGGCUGAAGAAGGAGGGUGUGGACCCGGAUACCGUCACGGGUGAGGACAGCUUGUACUGGCUGCCGCCAGAUGGUAAUCGAUACGUGCCGUUUGGGAAGAAGGACUGGCUGGCGCUUUUGGAUCAGAGCGUGCGCCUGGCAUAAGUGAUUUGAUCGCGCGAUUUGUUGAUCCAACAAAAGUACACCCAAUGUAAUACUG